AUGCUAGUCGCAUCACAUGUCAAUGCUUCGGAAUGGACCUUGUAUAUUGGCGACCGCGCAAUUGUCGACAGCCUGCUCAACAAGCCCAUGGUAUCCUUUCCGGAGGGUAAUCGAGUACAGCUAGCGGCCAGAUUCUUUUACCUUGCACAUGGACUCCAACUUAUCGUGAUUACAUAUGUGGCGGCACAGAAAGGUUGGGAUGGCGUAUCCUUACUCUGUGUUCUUUGUCUUCACUAUGUCUAUCGAUGGUUGGCUGGAGAUCAAGACGCUGCCUACUGGCUGGCGCGAGAAGAUGUUCAGGUGAAGGUAAGAGCAUAUGAGUUUGGCUGGCGAUCGGUCAUGCUUGGCGCUAUACAGCUUUUCAGUGAAUCUAAAACGACUCGUUGGAUGGAUUCCAUUAUUGUACCGCAUUUGCGACGUGAUGCCUUCCUCAAUCACCUGCAAGGGGACAAAGUCGAAAAAGAGAUAGAAGCAAAGCUCGAUGAGCAUGAUUUGAACUGGAUUAAUCAAGCUACCAUUUUGUCUGUGCAGAGCGCGGAGGUUCUGCGGCAGGAUUUCGGGUUGGAAAAUUCAAGGACGGAGUGA